UUAAUACACUGACAAUCUUGGAAUUCUGAUAAAUUUUGAUUUUCUAUUAAAAUAUUAAAUAUUUUUUCUCUGUCAAUCAAUCCAUAACCACUCUACUCUAUACUACAACCAGCUUUUAUGAGUAUUUAACAUUAAAUUACAAAACAAAAAAGCUGUAACAGCCGUUUUUGAAUGCAAGAAUAGACUCAAUUCACUGACUUCUUCUUCUUAAAAAGAUCUGAAGAGCAAAAAAAAUGAUAUCGAAGCAAGCAGAGGAAGAAAUGGUGACGAGUUUUAAUGAAGGUGAUGAGCAUGGAGUUGAAAAAGAUGAGGGUGAUGAAGAUCACUCGAUUUUUAGUGCUAAAAAUCUUCUUUGGCAUGGUGGUUCUGUUUAUGAUGCUUGGUUUAGUUGUGCUUCCAAUCAGGUUGCUCAGGUUCUGUUAACACUACCAUACUCAUUUUCACAAAUGGGGAUGCUUUCAGGAAUAAUUUUACAAAUUUUUUAUGGUAUUCUUGGAAGCUGGACUGCUUAUUUGAUCAGUGUUCUUUAUAUAGAAUACAGAAGUAGAAAGGAAAAAGAAAAUGUCAGCUUCAAGAACCAUGUUAUACAGUGGUUUGAAGUUCUUGAUGGUUUGCUUGGUCCAACCUGGAAAGCAGUUGGCUUAGCCUUUAAUUGCACUUUUCUCCUCUUUGGUUCUGUUAUUCAGCUUAUAGCUUGUGCAAGUAAUAUAUAUUACAUAAAUGACAAAUUAGACAAGAGGACAUGGACAUAUAUAUUUGGAGCUUGCUGUGCUACCACUGUGUUCAUUCCCUCAUUUCAUAAUUACAGAAUUUGGUCUUUUCUUGGCCUUGGUAUGACCACUUACACUGCUUGGUACAUGACCAUUGCAGCCCUUGUUCAUGGCCAGGUGGAAGGUGUGACCCAUUCAGGCCCUAAAAAACUGGUACUUUAUUUUACAGGGGCAACCAAUAUCCUCUAUACUUUUGGGGGUCAUGCUGUCACAGUGGAAAUUAUGCAUGCUAUGUGGAAGCCUCAGAAAUUUAAGUACAUUUAUCUCAUUGCUACUCUCUAUGUAUUCACCUUGACAAUUCCAUCGGCUACUGCGGUUUACUGGGCGUUCGGAGAUCAACUCCUCACUCACUCCAACGCCUUUUCGCUUCUUCCCAAUUCUGGCUGGCGCGAUGCUGCAGUUAUUCUCAUGCUCAUUCAUCAGUUUAUAACCUUCGGAUUUGCGUGCACCCCACUGUACUUCGUGUGGGAGAAAGUAGUCGGAAUGCAUGAUUCGAAGAGCAUAUUCUUGAGGGCGUUAACGCGUUUGCCUGUCGUAAUACCAAUAUGGUUCUUUGCAAUAAUUUUUCCAUUCUUUGGCCCCAUCAACUCAGCUGUAGGGGCUCUUUUGGUUAGCUUCACAGUCUACAUCAUCCCUUCAUUAGCUCAUAUGCUCACUUACCGAUCCGCCUCGGCUCGACAGAAUGCAGCGGAGAAGCCACCGGCGUUCCUUCCGAGCUGGACCGCCAUGUAUGUGAUUAAUGCAUUUAUAGUGAUAUGGGUGCUUAUAGUUGGUUUUGGGUUAGGAGGGUGGGCUAGUGUGACCAAUUUUAUCAGGCAGGUUAACACAUUUGGUCUGUUUGCUAAGUGCUACCAGUGCCCGAAACCGUCCGGUCCGAACCACCAUUGAGCCAUUGGUUCAUCAUCAUUCAAGUUUAAACCCUAAAUCCCAUCUCUUAGAUUUACUUCAGUGCAUUUUGCCUUCUAUUCUACUUUUUGUAUUAUAUACCCAAGGGAGCUAGGCUUUACCCCCUUUAUAUAUAUUGUGUUUUGUUUAAACAUUAUAUUAUAAACAUUAGGUUAUUUGUUAUUGUUA